CUUAGUGCCUUGGUUAUAUUGAAGUAGCCUAAAUACUUCGUAAACCUCUGUAGUUUGCUUGUUUUACUCAGAUUGUUUAACUCAACAGUUUUGAGUGAUAACUGAGAAAUAAAUGUGCCAACAAUAUAUAUUUUGGCAGAGGGAUAUGAUGAAGAGUGGUAUUUUCCCAAGAAAAUUUGUAAAGGGCAAUUUCAGUGGCAAUAUGUGGUAUAUUUAUUUCAUGAUGAUGAUCUUGCUGGUGGAUUGUAGCCCCCCUGAGAAUCCCAUAAAGUGCACCAAUAAUGCCAAAAUUUGCACCAUCACCAAUAAGUACAGUGCGUUCCCGGACAGCACAAUAUGUCGAGCAGCCAGUGUUGAAUUCCCAAAGACGGAAAAGGAACUUGUUGCCAUUAUUGCCCGUGCAACCAAGGAGAAGCGGAAAAUGAAGGCCACAACUCGGUUCUCACAAAGUAUCCCUAAGCUGGCGUGCCCUGGAGGUGACAACAGUCUUCUCAUUAGUACCAAAUACCUUAAUCAGAUAGUAAAAGUCGACAAUCAGAGCAUGACCAUGACGGUAGAUAGUGGAGUGACCCUCCAGCAGCUGAUCAGCGAGGCUGCCAAGGUUGGGUUGGUGUUGCCAUACACACCAUACUGGUGGGGCUUGUCAAUAGGAGGGUUGAUAGGUACCGGGGCACAUGGGAGCACAUUGCGGGGUUUAGGGAGUGCUGUUCAUGAUUAUGUGGUCCGUAUUCGGAUUGUCACUCCUGCUACACCUGAAGAGGGUUAUGCAACUGUCCGACAACUCGAAGAAGGUGACCCCGAGAUCAAUGCAGCUAGGGUCUCCCUUGGAGUGCUUGGAGUGAUUUCACAGGUGACUCUGAAACUGGAACCAAUGUUCAAACGGUCCAUCACCUACAUAGGGAAGGACGACGCAAACUUGGGGGAUGAAGCAGUCGUGUUCGGGUCCCAACAUGAAUUUGGUGACAUCACUUGGUUUCCAAGUGAGCACAGAGUUCUGUAUCGCGUUGAUGAUCGUGUCCCAACAAACACACCGGGUGACGGUCUCUAUGAUUUCUUGGCAUUUCAGACUACAGAUUCAGUUUCAUUGGCAGAAGAUCGAAAUGCAGAGGAAAUUCAGGAAUCAAGAAACAAUGCAAAUGGAAAAUGCGCAAAUGCAAUUACCUCUAGAGUCAUGACUGAAGCUGUCGGAAAUGGAUUGAAAAACAACGGUUAUAACUUUACUGGUUAUCCCGUGAUUGGAUAUCAAAAUCGACUGCAAUCAUCUGGUUCUUGCCUAGACAGCAAAGAGGACGGAUUAAGAACCGCUUGUCCAUGGGACCCUAGAGUCAAAGGAUCAUUCUUUCACCAAACUACAUUCAGCAUUAGCUUGUCCAAGGUGAAGGGUUUCAUAGAAGAUGUGCAAAAGUUGGCAAAUUUGGAGCCAAAAGCGUUGUGCGUUCUUGGACUCUAUGGUGGCGUCGUCAUGAGAUACAUGACAGCUUCAAGCGCCUACUUAGGGAAACAAGACAACUCCAUGGAAUUUGACUUCAUCUAUUACAGAAGCAAGGAUCCAUUGGCUCCUAGGCUUUACCAAGAUGUCCUAGAAGAGAUCGAGCAGCUCGGGGUUUUCAAGUAUGGAGCCUUGCCCCACUGGGGGAAGAACAGAAACGUGGCGUUUCUAGGUGCAAUCAACAAGUACGCAAAGUAUAGGAAGUUCUUGAAAGUUAGGGAAAAGUAUGAUCCUGCCGGGCUGUUUUCAAGCGAUUGGACUGAUCAAAUUCUUGGUCUCAAAGAUGGUUUAACCAUUACAAAGGAGGGUUGUGCCUCUGAAGGAUUGUGUAUAUGUUCAGAAGAUUCUCAUUGUGCUCCUAGUAAAGGAUACUUCUGUCGUGUAGGAAAAGUGUACAAGAAAGCAAGAGUCUGUACUAAGAUUAACACUACUUAAUCUUGUGUUCAAUACUAUAUUACUAUAUACAAAGUAUUGUAUUUUAAA